AUGGAUGAAUUGAAUCAUGAGAAAAUAAUAAAGAAAAUUAUCUACAAAGAAUUGGAACCAAGCGUGCUUAAUGAGAAAAUCAUUAGGAAAGCAAUUUUGGAACAAGGACCUGAAGAUGGAGAAGCUGGAAGACUUUUUCAUAACAUGGAAAUUCAAUAUGAUAAAGUGACUGUUUUGCGUUUAGAAUUUUUAAAUAUUCUUAAAAUUGAUCAUUUAUGGAUUCUUCCAAAUCUUCAAGUUCUCUCAUUAGCUUUCAACAAAAUUGAUAAGAUUGAAAACCUGGAAUCACUUGGUAAACUCAAAGAAUUAAAUUUAACGUACAAUUUGAUCGAAAAGUUGGAAAACUUUGAAAAUUUGAAAAGUUUAGAAGUGUUGAGUGUAUUUGGUAAUAAGAUAAAGAAAAUUGAAAACGUGGAUUGUCUGGAUAAAUUGAUCAUAUUUUGUGCUGGAAAUAAUUUAAUUGAAUCAAAAGAUGGGGAAAGAAAUGGAGUUGAGAAGAAUGAUAAAUUUUUUCGUAUCUUCAUUGCUGGUUUAUUACCAGAUUUGACUUACUAUGAAAAUCGAUACAUAACAAAAGAAGAGCGUGAUGAAGGUAAAGAUCGAUUCAGAUUCAAACUUCGUGAAAUUAUGGACAAUGAAAAAGCAGAAGUGCUUGAGCGUGAAAACACAUUUCAAGAUCAAGAAGACUUCAAACAUUACACAAAUUGCUUCGUUGAACAUCUUGACCAACAUCAAUUAUUUGAUACAUUAUUUAUCUUUGAUAACGAAGAUCAAGGUGAAUGUCUACUGAGAAUUGGAAAUGACGUCAAUACAUUAAUUACUGAAUUUCGAGAACAAAGCAUUGUUAUAACACAGAAAAUCUUCAAAAUAGGUUUGGAGCAAUUUGAAAAGCGAAAAUCAGAAGUGAGCCUUUUCAUUAAUUGCGUAAAAGUUGGAAAGAAAAAGGUUCAAACGCAAGGGCAAUUAAUCAUCGACGAAUUUUUAAGGAAAAGUUUGAAAAUUUUUGAGGUUUUGCAAGAAGCUGCUGAUGAAUAUACAAAAGUAAAAAGUAAACCACAUGAAACAGAAGCAGCAAUAGAGAAAUUUUACAGCAACUUUACAAAAUUCACUGAAGACUUUAAUCAACUUCACAAUGAAACGUGGAAGAUUUUAAUGGAGGAUGAAAUGCAUCUACAUGAAAGUGUUGCUGAGUCAAAUGCAACUUUUGAGCAUGUUAUUCAAGACAUGACGAAUGAGUUUACAGAGCAGUGCAAAACUCAAUUUGUUCAACUUCGUGAUGUUGAAGGAAAUUUCAUUGAUGCAUUAACAGAAUCUGUUCAAAGCUUUGUUACAUCAAUGGCCUCGUCAGGAAAAGAAGAUGAGAUUCCUGAAGAGCUUCGUGCUAGUUUGAUUGAUCGAACAGUUAUCAAUAAUUACGCUGCGGGUAUGAGAGAAAUGCAUAUGCUCAAGAUUGAUGGACGAGAAGAUUUACUCAUUAGUCGAAGCAAACAAUGGGUUCAAGAACUCUGUGACGAAAUGACAUCGUAA